AUGGCUCCUGUUUCCUCAAAAAUUGGCAUAAUAGGAGCUGGUGUUAGUGGCUUAGCAGCCGCUAAACAACUAGCCCACCACAACCCUUUAGUCUUUGAAGCCUCUGACUCUAUUGGUGGUGUCUGGAGGCAUUGUUCUUACAGUUCCACGAAGCUUCAGUCCCUUCGUUGUGAUUAUGAGUUUUCUGAUUUCCCUUGGUCUGAUAGGGAUAGCACAAGUUUUCCAUCUUAUACUGAGAUAUUGGAAUACUUAACAUCUUAUGCUAACCACUUUGAUGUCCUCAAGUUUGUGAGGUUCAACUCAAAAGUGGUGGAGAUUAGGUUUGUUGGUGAUAGGGAAGCCACUGAUCUCACUGGGAAACCUGGUGACUAUCCUACUAUAUUGCCUGGACACCCUGUUUGGGAGGUUGCUGUGCAAACCAACCAUUCAGAUACCAUUGAGUGGUAUGCGUUCGAGUUUAUUGUGGUUUGCAUUGGAAAAUAUGGAGAUGUACCUAAAAUCCCAGAAUUUCCACGAAACAAAGGCCCUGAAAUAUUUCAGGGCAAGGUCUUGCAUACCAUUGAUUACUGCAAACUUCAAAAGGAAGAGACUUCACAACUACUUAAGGGGAAGAAGGUUGCAGUCGUUGGUUUCAAGAAAUCAGCUAUUGAUUUAGCACUCGAGUGCGCAGAGGAGAACCAAGGACCGGAAGGACAACCUUGCACCAUGGUGGUAAGGACUUUGCACUGGACAGUUCCCCAUUACUGGAUUUGGGGUUUGCCAUUUUACAUGUUUUACUCAACAAGAUCCUCUCAGUUCCUCCAUGAAAAGCCCAACCAAAGCUUUCUCAGAACUCUUCUUUGCCUUCUUUUAUCUCCAAUGAGGCGAGGAGCUUCAAAAUUUAUCGAGUCCUAUUUGCUGUGGAAACUUCCUCUGCAGAAGUAUGGAUUAAAACCAGACCACCCUUUUGAAGAAGACUAUGCAUCUUGUCAGAUGGCUAUCAUGCCAGAGAAUUUCUUCUCCGAGGCUGAUAAGGGAAAGAUUCUCUUUAAAAGAGCAUCAAAUUGGUGGUUCUCAAAGGAAGGAAUUGAAUUUGAUGAUAACACCAAACUGGAGGCUGAUGUUGUUGUUCUUGCAACUGGUUACGAUGGGAAGAAAAAGCUCAAAGCUAUCUUACCAGAGCCUUUCCGUACUUUGUUAGAGUAUCCUUCUGGUAUCAUGCCCUUGUAUAGGGGCACAAUCCAUCCACUAGUUCCGAACAUCGCAUUUGUAGGUUACCUUGAGAGUGUUACAAACCUUCAUACAUCGGAGCUGCGUUCCAUAUGGCUAGCUCGCCUCGUAGAUGAGAAAUUCAAGCUCCCUAGUGUUGAGAAGAUGAUUGAACAGACAACCAAAGAAAUGGCAGUCUCCAAGAAGACAACCAGGUUCUACAAGAGGCACUGCAUUUCUACCUUCAGCAUUAACCACAGUGAUGAAAUAUGUGAAGAGAUGGGAUGGAAUUCUUGGAGGAAGAAGAAUUGGAUUUCAGAAGCAUUUAGCCCCUAUGGUAGUCAAGACUAUAUAUGAGAGGAAUAAAGGAAGCGGCGAUAAUAUAGCAAAUUAUUGUCCUUCAUUACUUGCUAAGAGGUUUCUCCUUUCUAGUGUAGAACAAUCUAUAGUUUAUAACCAUAAAAGGGGAAACUAAUUAAACAUAAUAUAUAUGCAU